GGCUGGGGUCUGACGCGGCCCGGUUCGUGGGGGCCCGCUUGUUUAUUUAUUUAUUUCUAGUGGGUGCCGCCGGCGUGUGCGCGCGCUCUCGCUGCUCGGCGGGGAGGGGGUGGGGGGAGGGCCGGCGCCCGGGGGGAGUUGGAGCCGGGGUCGAAACGCCGCGUGACUCGUAGGUGAGAACGCCGAGCUACCACCGCCGCCGCCGCUGCCGCCGCGGAGAAGCCCUUGUUCCCGCUGCGGGGAGGAGAGUCUGGUGCCUACAAGAUGGCGGACGGGGAGCUGAACGUGGACAGCCUCAUCACCCGCCUGCUGGAGGUACGAGGAUGUCGUCCGGGAAAAAUUGUGCAGAUGACUGAAGCAGAAGUCCGAGGACUGUGUAUCAAGUCUCGUGAAAUCUUUCUUAGCCAGCCUAUUCUUUUGGAAUUGGAAGCGCCACUGAAGAUUUGUGGAGAUAUUCAUGGACAGUAUACAGACUUACUGAGAUUAUUUGAAUAUGGAGGUUUUCCACCAGAAGCCAACUAUCUUUUCUUAGGAGAUUAUGUGGACAGAGGAAAGCAGUCUUUGGAAACCAUCUGUUUGCUAUUGGCUUACAAAAUCAAAUACCCAGAGAACUUCUUUCUUCUACGAGGAAACCAUGAGUGUGCUAGCAUCAACCGCAUUUAUGGAUUCUAUGAUGAGUGCAAACGAAGAUUUAAUAUUAAAUUGUGGAAGACAUUCACUGAUUGUUUUAAUUGUCUGCCUAUAGCUGCUAUUGUUGAUGAGAAAAUCUUCUGCUGUCAUGGAGGACUGUCACCAGACCUACAGUCUAUGGAACAGAUUCGGAGAAUUAUGAGACCCACUGACGUACCUGAUACAGGUUUGCUUUGUGAUUUACUGUGGUCCGACCCAGAUAAGGAUGUACAAGGCUGGGGAGAAAAUGAUCGUGGUGUUUCUUUUACUUUUGGAGCUGAUGUAGUCAGUAAAUUUCUGAAUCGUCAUGAUUUGGACUUGAUUUGUCGAGCCCAUCAGGUGGUAGAAGAUGGAUAUGAAUUUUUUGCUAAACGACAAUUGGUAACUUUAUUUUCUGCCCCAAAUUACUGCGGCGAGUUUGACAAUGCUGGUGGUAUGAUGAGUGUGGAUGAAACUUUGAUGUGUUCAUUCCAGAUAUUGAAACCAUCUGAAAAGAAAGCUAAGUACCAGUAUGGUGGGCUGAAUUCUGGACGUCCUGUCACUCCGCCUCGAACAGCUAAUCCACCGAAGAAAAGGUGAAGACAGGAAUUCCGGAAAGAGAAACCAUCAGAUUUGUUAAGGACAUACUUCAUAAUAUAUAAGUGUGCACUGUAAAACCAUCCAGCCAUUCGACACCCUUUAUGAUGUCACACCUUUAACUUAAGGAGACGGGUAAAGGAUCUUAAAUUUUUUUCUAAUAGAAAGAUGUGCUACACUGUAUUGUAAUAAGUAUACUCUGUUAUAAUAUUCAACAAAGUUAAAUCCAAAUUCAAAAGUAUCCAUUAAAGUUCUAUCUUCUCAUAUCACAGUUUUUAAAGUUGAAAGCAUCCCAGUUAAACUAGCUGCGUUAGUUACCCAGAUGAGAGCAUGAAGAUCCAUCUGUGUAAUGUGGCUUUAGUGUUGCUUGGUUGUUUCUUUAUUUUGGGCUUGUUUUGUUUUGUUUGUUUUUGCUAGAAUAAUGGCAUCUACUUUUCCUAUUUUUCCCUAACCAUUUUAAAAAGUGAAAAUGGGAAGAGCUUUAAAGACAUUCACCAACUAUUCUUUUCCUUCACUUAUCUACUUAAGGAACUGUUGGAUCUUACUAAGAAAACUUACGCCUCAUAAUAAAAAGGAACUUUAGAGGCCGAUAGGUUUUAAAAAUAUACAAACUAUUUGAUCCAAUGAUUUUAAUCAAACAGUUUGACUGGGCAAACUUUGCAGCUGAUAAUGACUAUUUCGCUUUUUACAAAUUGCCACUGAUUUGGAUUUGUGCACUCUAACCUUUAAUUUAUUGAUGCUCUAUUGUGCAGUAGCAUUUCAUUUAAGAUAAGGCUCAUAUAGUACUAUCCAAAACUAGUUGGUAAUGUGAUUAUGUGGUACCUUGGCUUUAGGUUUUAAUUCGCACGAAACACCUUUUGGCAUGCUUAACUUUCUGGUAUUAUCCUCACCUGCAUUGGUUUUGUUUUUUGGGGUUUUUGUUGUUGUUUGUUUGUUUGUUUUUAGAUCCACAGAACAUGAGAAUCCUUUUUGACAAGCCUUGGAAAGCUGGCUCUUCUUUCCCUCUCUAUGUGAAGGAUGUAUUUAAAUGAACACUGGUCAGUGGGACAUUGUCAGCUCUGAGUAUUGGGUGCUUCACUGUCUAAUAAUUGCCAUGUGAAUGUUGUUUUUGACUGUAAGGCUAUGUCACUAAAGAUUUUUACUCUGCGUUUUCAUAAUCAAAGGUCAUGAUGUGUAUAGACAUGCUUUGUAGUGAAGUAUAGUAGCAAUAAUUUCUGCACAUGAUCAAGAGUUUAUUGCAGCAUUUCUUUCCCUGUUCUCUCUUUUUUAAGGGUUAGCAUUAACAAAUGUCAAGGAAUAGCAAAGUCAACAAAGACUUUAGGAGGUGGAAUUAAGAACACACAGAUUUGUGAUUCUUUGGAUGUGACACUUAUUGGAUGUUAUUCUAAAGUCUUAUUGAACAUUGUCAAAUUUGUAAGCUUCAUGGGGAUGGACAUAAUGUUUAUAUAAUGCCCUUCUUAUGUGUUACCAUAGAUGUGAAACCUUAUAUUGUCUUUGAAAAUGUUAAAUUGAGAACUCUGUUAACAUUUUAUGGAUUGGCACAUUAUAUUACUGCAAGAAACAUUUGAUUUUCAGCACAGUGCAAAAGUUCUUUAAAAUGCAUAUGUCUUUUUUUCUAAUUCAAUUUUGUUUAAAGCACAUUUUAAAUGUAGUUUUCUCAUUUAGUAAAAGUUGUCUAAUUGA